AUGGCGGGCUUCGUGCGGGAGCUGGAGCGGCGGGCCGGGCCGGCGCUGCGCCUGGAGCAGCGGGCGGCGGGCGGUGUGGGCUGUGUGGUGUGGGACGCCGCACUGGUGCUCGCCAAGUUCCUGGAGACCGGCGCCUGCCCCCUCGCCCGCCGCCACGUCCUGGAGCUGGGCGCGGGCACCGGCGCCGUGGGCAUCAUGGCAGCCACGCUGGGGGCGAACGUGACGGUCACAGACCUGGAGGAGCUGCAGGAGCUGUUGAUGGUCAAUAUUGAGAAUAACAAGCACCUGGUCACAGGGUCCGUCCGAGCCAAGGUACUGAAAUGGGGUGAAGAUGUAACAGAAUUUCAGCCUCCCCCCGAUUAUAUACUCAUGGCUGAUUGCAUUUACUAUGAGGAGUCCUUGGAGCCCUUGCUGAAGACCCUGAGGGAGCUGACAGGCCCUGACACUUGUGUGCUGUGCUGCUAUGAACAGAGGACUGUGGGGAAGAACCCUGAAAUUGAGAGGAAAUACUUUGAACUGCUCCAGAGGGACUUUGAACUGGAGAAGAUUCCCCUGGAGAGGCACGACGAGGAGUACCGGAGCGAGGACAUCCACAUCGUGAGCAUCCACAGGAAGCACAGGGUGGGUGCACAGCAUCCAGGCUGCUUUGGGUUGUUGGGAAGGGACCUAAAGCUCCUCUCAUUCCACCCCUGCCAUGGGCAGGGACACCUUGCACUGGCAUGGUUCAUGGCACCAGCACAGCAACUGCUGCCAGGAAUUCCCAGAGCUGCUGUUUCGCGUGAGCAUUCCAGGGGUGGAGCUCCAGACUGACUGUGAAAUUUGGGAUCCCGUGGAGCCACAGACCUGCUUUGUUCCCAAACCUGGUGCUCCAGGUGCCAGCCUUCCUCUUCCUGGUCAGCACUACCUUUGAGCUUCACAUUUCUCCUGCUUCUGUGCACUGGUGGGGUGGGAUCUCCAAACUGGAGUUUAGAGGCUCCAAAGUAAUAAAAAUAAAAUGCCUGGUGCUGCUUU